AUGCCCAUUGUGCUAAAUUCUGCUCAGCUAAGUGUUUCCAAUAGUUCAGAUACAGAUGAUUCUGAUGAUGAAAGCAUGAUUAAAGUCACCGCUGGGAAUAAAAAGAUCCGGAUAAGAAGUGCACUUCUGGAAGAGAAGGCCUUGGCCUGUCAUAUGCUAUGCUGCUUUGCAGCUGAGUUAAAGGGACGGCUGCAUUUAUGGGUUAAUGAGGUUGUUAGUGCUUUAGUUCCGAAUCUUACCUUCGAAUUCAGCGAAGAAGUAAGAAUGACUGCCAUUUCUGCAAUGCCGUUACUGUUAAAUUCAGCUUCUUGUGCUAUGAAGAAAGGGCUUCCUGUAACAGGUUGUGGCAAGGCCCCAGUUCAAAAGCUAUCUAACACUAUCAUCCCAUCUUUGCUUGACGCGUUAAAGAAGGAGUCAAAGGUACAAGUUCAAGCAAGACUAUUGGAGGCAUUCAACGAAAGCAUUCAGAUUCCGGGUUCACAUCUAAGUAAACAUCAAGCUGAAAAAUUUGUUGAAGGCAUAUCAAAGGCUCUCUUAACUUGCUCAUACCGCAAAACAGAAAGAGAGAAAAGAGCUAAAGAACACACAGAUUCAAGGGAGCAGAAACUACUUAAGGAGGCAGCUCAACAACACUUAACUAUAUGUAGAAACAUUGGCAUUUGCCUCGAAACUAUGGUGAAAAUACUUAAGGCAUCAUUCUUGCCCCUUUUAGACAAGUUUUUGCCUUAUGUAUCACUUAUGUGGAGUAAUGAUAGAACAGCAGAAGAAAGAAGAAUUGUAGUGCACCUUUUCCGUGAAGUUGCUGAGCAGUGCCGCGAAGAAGCAUUCAGGUACUAUGAGGAGUGGAUACCUCUCCUGCUUAAAGUUUACUAUCACAAGGAUCCAGAUGUUCCACAGAUCGUAGCAAUUGCAAUUGGUAUUUGUGCUGAAUUCGGAGCAGAUUUCCUUAAACCUCAUACUGAAGGAAUAUUCGGUUGUUUGAAAACUGCAUUGGAGCAUCCUAAUGCAAAAUACCAGGAUAACAUCAUGGCUUAUGAGGCUGCUGUUUAUACCUGUGGGAAGUUAAACCAGUUUCUCUCAGAUGAUUUCUACACCUAUGAGGUGCUCUCUUACUACUGCUUCCUAAAACUUCAUACACUAGAACCCAUAACAAACACUCGUCACAAAUCUACGACUUCUCUUGACAGUAGUUUGAUAAACUUGUCAUUUAUCAACUGA